AUGAUGCAGACUGUACGCCGUCAACUGGACCUGCUUUUUGCCGUGCAUAUGGUCAUUGCCGCAGUGACGGGCGCGUUCUGCUUCGUCACGCCCCACUCGCUCAUGGCUCCGAUGCUGGGCGACGCGAGUACGAACACGCACAUGGCGCACGAGUUUCUCCGACUUUACGGUGCAUUGACGCUGGCACAAGGUUGGAUGGUGUGGCGCACGCGACUCGUGAGCGACGCUCUCAUCCGUCGCACCUUCUGUCAAGCCUACUGCAUCUGCUUUUCCCUCCAGACCAUGACACUACUUCGUGCGCAGAUCGUGUCGCCAGAAAGCCACUCGGUACUGCAUUGGUUGAACAUCUUGCUGCUGGGCGGAUUGGGCUGUGCCUAUGGCUACUUUCUCGUCUUCAAGACCAUCAAAGCGUUCGAGCUGCCAGGCAUGGAUAAGGGGCUGCUGUGA